AUGUAAAGGCUUGUUUUUGAAUUUCAGAAAACAUGUGAUAACAAUCUCUCGUUUGAUGCUUUUAGACAUAAAAUUGAGAAUCAGCUGAGAACUAAUGAGAGACAAAAGAUCUAACUUGAUAGUUUGUUGGGAUUAGAAAAUACAAAAAGAAUUUAGGAGAAGAAAAAGCGUGAAGAAUUGAAAUAAAAAAAGGAGGAAAUGGAAAGAAAAAAGAAAGAAGAUGAGGAAAGAUAAAAGAGAAAAGAAGAGAAAGCAAAAAAGAAAAAAGAAGAAGAGCAAAAAAAGAAAGAAGAAGAGAAUCGAGCUGCUAAUCCAGCUGCAGCAGGAGCUACUUCUUCUACUUUAACUUCCACAAACACUAAUACAACCUAACCAACAGGUGCAACAACAAAUAUUGCUGCAGCUCCUGUAGAUACUAGCAUUUAAAAUAAAACUUCAUCUAAUCUUGAUAGCACUUAGCCUAAAGCAAAUGAAAAUAACAAAAAUAAAGAAGAAAAAGCGAAUAAUGAAAAUAAAGAUAAUUUAAAUAAGUCAACUAAAGAUGAAAAAAGCAUAAACCAAAGUUUAAUUAGCAAUGCCAGUAAUACUUAAGAAAAUAAAGAAAAGAGUGAGAUAGAAAAUGAUGAAAAAUUAGAUUUUUCUUAAGGUGAUAUGAGUGUCUUAACAGCAUUGGAAGAGGAGGAGAAGAAAAAGAAAAAAGAAGCAGAAGAAAAGAAGAAAAAGGUGAAGGAAGAGGAAAAGAAAGAUGAAGAAAAUAAAGAUGCAUCAGAUAAAGAUAAAGAAAAAGAGAAAAAAAAAGAAGAAGUCAAUAUUGGAGAAGCUAUAAUGAAGAACGAGCAUUAUGAAGUUUUCAAAAAAUUUAAUAAGAUGAUUGGAGACGAUAGAAUAACAGUUCCUGAUACAUUUUUACCAGAUGUUUAGAUGAAGAUGUUAAGAUAAAAAGCAAUGAAUGAGGUAAUUGAUCUAGAUCCUAACGACAUACAAUAUCUUUUUAAUGAAUUGUAAAGUGUACGCUAAACGUUUGAUCUUUUUAAAAAGUUGGUGGAAACAAUCAAGAGAUUAGAUGAAAAAGUAGAAUUAAUGGAAAAAAAUGAAGAAAACUGUUUAAUUAUAAGUGAAGACGAUAUUUUAUUGUACAUCAAAGAUUAUCUAGAAGCUAAUGAAAUGGCAGGUAUUUUUUUGAAAAACGAUAUUGUGAGACAAACUCCAUUUUUUGAGGAUUUCUUUGAAAAAAUAUUAAAAUACUUGGAAACUCUCUCAAAAAUGUUGAAGAAACGUUUCUUUGCUUUCGCCAAGAUAGAGCAAAACUCAUUAACAAUAAAUUACGGAUAUUUGAAAAAUACCAUGAAAAAAUUCUCAACACCAACCUUAAAUUUAACAUAAAUCCUAAAAGAAAUUUACACAGAUUUGAACUCGUAGAUUUUAAAAUACAUGUUAAAUUAAAUAGUUUUCAUAUUUGAAACUUCUGAAGAAGAAGGUUCUAUAAAGAAAUUUAAUCGCUUAGAUGACUCAGAAGACUCAUUCAAAAUUACUCUCGAUUCCACACCUGAACACAUAAAAGACUAUAUGGAUAUUUUGCAAAAUAAUGCAGAAAAAUACUUCUAGGUCUUAAUUUAAAUAUCAAAAAUAAUCACUACAACCCCUAUAGAAACGAAAAUUGAAGAAUUGCAAGAUUAUUUAGAAAAUAAAAUGGAAGCAUUGAUGAAAGAAACUCCAGAUCAUUUUUAAAAACCUGAGGUUUUAGAAAUAUUAAAAAAUUUUGACAAUUAAAUGAAUUCUCUUCACGAAUCAUUCGUUUUUGAUAUGAAAGGUAUGGCAGAAAAUAUAGAAACAACUAAGCUAGAAGAAAGUCUAAAGAAGAGACUGCUUUCACUUAAAAAUCAAAUGUAUACAUAAAUGAAGUCCCUCAAAGAUUGCUCUGACAAAGAAGAUUACAAUUUCUUCUAAGAAAUAAUUCUCGACCACUUUAUGAAUAUUAAUAAAGAAACAUAAAAAGUAAUUGAAAAGAAAAAAGGCAAUUAAAAUAAAAGAAAUUGUCUAGAAGUCAUCGUGAUGAAUUAUUAGCUCUUAUCAAGUUUAAUAGAGCUGUUUGAAAACGAUUUGGACGACAAAAGCAAAUCAUAAAUUCAUUAUAAUUGUUUAUAUUAAAUUAUUAAAUCUGUCAAAGAAUACUUUUAAUCUUUCAUUGAUUUAGAUGCUGUCUAACAAGACGAAAUUAUUUUGCAAAAAGCUCUUCACACCUUUACCGACAUCUAAUUUCUAGAAUGCUAAAUAUUUGACCAGCUUAAAUCUUGA